UCAACUUAUUUGCUUCAUUGUUGGUUUUCCAUUAUUUCGUCUGUGCAUAUUUUGACCUAAAUUUUGAUUGUAAUGGCAACCAAAAGCAAGAUCUUGAUUGUUGGAGGGACUGGCUAUGUGGGUAAGUUUAUGGUAGAGGCAAGUGCCAAAGCUGGCCAUCCAACUUAUGUUCUUGUUCGAGAUUCUACUCUCUCAAACCAUUCCAAGUCUCAUAUCAUCAACAAUUUCAAGAGCUUGGGAGUCUAUUUUAUCUCUGGCGAUCUCCAUGAUCAUGAGAGUUUAGUUAAAGCAAUAAAAGAUGUGGAGGUGGUGAUAUCUACGGUAGGUCAUAAUCAAUUAGCUGACCAAUAUACACUCAUCUCAGCCAUCAAAGAAGUUGGCCAUGUUAAGAGAUUCUUGCCAUCAGAAUUUGGGAAUGAUGUGGAUCGUGUGCGUAGUGUUGAGCCAGCAAAAUCAGCCUAUGCUGCAAAGGCUCAAAUUCGUCGAGCUUUGGAGGCUUCAGGAAUUCCCUAUACCAUCGUUUCUUCUAAUUUCUUUGCUGAUUGGUUCCUUUCAAGUUUGGUUCAGCCUCAACCUCCUACUCCACCAAUCCCACCAAGAGAUAAUGUUGUUAUCAUUGGAGAUGGAAAUCCCAAAGCAAUAUCAACAAGGAAGAGACAUUGCACCUACACAAUUAGAGCUGUGGAUGACCCAAGAACUUUAAACAAAAUCCUCUAUGUUAGACCUCCUAAAAAUAUUUACUCUUUCAAUGAUCUUGUCACUCUUUGGGAAAAUAAAAUUGGCAAAACCCUCCACAAUUACUAUGUUCCAGAGGAUCAAGUGCUCAAGAACAUUUCGGUUACUGAAUAUCCCCUAAACAUGAGGCUAUCACUUUAUCAUUCAGUUUUUGUGAAGGGAGCAUACCUAUUUUGA